CUAUUGAGCCCUCCUUCCUCUGUCACAUGGGGUAAUUGUUUCAAUAUGUUGCUGUUUCUAGACGUGUCAGACAUAUGGCUGGACUCUGAGGCACUGGCAGAUCAAACACAAACAAGUAGUCUCACACCAAUACCCGGGGAUUCGUGUUUUAUUUCGGUUCGCGUCUGCUGCCUGCCCUGAGAGCUCCACACAUGCAACACGUCUUCUGACGACUAGGCAGGGUUUCUCCUUUAUUAGUUGCCGUCUCCUGUGUUAUUAUUUGUGCCGAGGCAUCUCAGGAGUUAAACGCAUAAGAGGAGUUCGGAUAACUCGACCUGUUGACAGCAGAGGGCGCCCCAGCUGUUGUCCCAGUGCAGCAGGUAACUGGCCCGUGCGGGGAGGGAGAGGGGAGAAGGCUGAGCCGGAGGGAGAAGAGAGAGAGGGGUCCAGGCUGGGGAAACCCGUGUUUAAUAGAUCUCAACGGCUGCAAUUACAGUUCCUCUGUUCUCAGAGAGCGGCACUGACUCUUGUCAUGGGGACAGUCUCUGCAUCAUGGAUUCUUGUGGCAGCUUUGUUGCUGUGGAAUGGCAAGCUACACGAAAGCAAGGUAUAUUAUAUGUGUGGGACUGUCUUAGAUUCAACAGAAAAGGGCCUAAUUCUUUCACCUGGUUUCCCCAAUCACUACCUUUCUGGGUCGCACUGUGUGUGGCAGUUCUUCAUCCCUGCUGGUUCUCAGCUACUUGUGGAAACAUUGGAUUUUGAUAUAUUUGAAAGUACAAGUAAUGAUUUCCUAAUGCCCUCUUCAUCCUCGGACUCCAAAACUCCAAAUUCCAACCAAAAAAGAAGAAACGGAGGUCUCUUUACUACUGAAACGUCUUUGACUAGUGAAUUUCCUAAAGCUACAACUCCAAAUGUUAAUGAGGUUAACAAUCAUAUUAGUAUCUCACGCAAGAGAUGGGAUAAAACAAAUAAGGGUGAAAACCAGUUGUCAAACUUACAAGGUUUAAAAAAGGAGCAAGGUUUAGAUCAUGCUGGGACAAGCACAUCUCAGAAGGCACCUGUAGAAUCAAAUCGUUUUGAUGAGCAAGACUCCACCAAGCCUGUAGAUCUGAUAGCUCCAUUUACUGCAGGAGUAGUAGAGUCAUUGGAUUAUUGGCAACCACCCAGUGAAGAUGCAACAUCAUUGUCUCUGUAUAUGGACAAUGACUCAACCAGCCAGCCUCUAGUGCAGGACAUAUGCCCUCAUGAUGUACUCUACAUUUCUGACCUUGUCACUUUCUCCUCUCGUUUUUGUGGAUCCAACUCGCCCCUAAACAAGACCUUGGUCUUUGGAUCUCCGGUAGAGAUGAUGGAGGUCAUUAUGGAACUCAUCACCACAACUGAUCGUGGAAGAGGCUUUGCUAUACUGUUUACUUACCAGAACCAGACCCUGGUUACAUCUAUGGGUAUUCAGAACAGACAGGGUGGCGAUGGAAUGAUGUUACUGGCUGUGACUGCUGCUGCCAUCUUAUUUGCUUUUGUUCUGCUGAUGGCACUCUGUUUGUCUUACAGGCAAAAAAUGUGUCCCAAAAGAGAUCCAGAAGCUGAACAGUCAACACAACAGUCUAGUGGAAGCCAAAAUGUAGCAUUGGAAGCCAGUGAACUUCAGUUGGUAGUACCCAGUGCGGCUGUUAAGCAAUGGGAGCUGGAAGCAGCCAGUCCAGAAGAAGCUGCAGAUACCUCUCACCAGACCCUCCAGGUGGAUUCCUCCUCUUCUGCUGCCACAGUGACCGAUUCCCACAGUGACGAGGUUUUCGUUAUUUCAACUAGCAGCAACACUCAGCAGUUCACCUUUACCAGCUUCCCAUUAGAGGAGAGAAGCCUAAGAAGGAGUGUCACUAGCCCAGCCUCUGUAUCAGACUGGGUGAACCCAGAUUACUCAAGUGUGGAUUUGGAGGAGGAGGACAACAGAAGUAAAAAUAAGGAGAUGGGUCCAACCAGACAGAGGACCUGGAGUGUUCGCACCUUCAACAGUCUGCUGCCUCCAAUAACCCAGCUUCAAAUGAAAUGGCGUGCAAGGACAUCCAGCGGUUCCUUCACUAAACUGGUAGAUAAUGGUGUUAAUGUAACUCCAAAAUAUCCACCUCAGGAAAAUUCUAGAAGAGCUUGCUCUGCAGCACAAAUGGAUGGCACUACCAGUCGCCUGUAUUCUGAGUCGUCGGCCAGCAAUGCUUCCUAUCCUCUGACCCGCUCUGCACAGCUUCAGCGUAAACUUCCAUCUUGUAAUCUCAAGAGAUCACGACCCUCUAUCGGGCUUCUUAAUGAUUCUUCUGACUGUCUUCCUUCUAGCACCACCAGAAACCCCUGCAUCUGGGAGAAUAACAACCUUUAUCAAAAGUCAGCUCUGGAAUUUUCUGCCUUACCCAGAAGUGCCACUGCAAACAGCAUUAGAUCCAAGGAGCUCUCUGUGGAUCUGGAAAUGCCUAAGACUGUUUUCGCCAUUUGUGAGGAGGCAGAUGAUAAGCAGCCAUUGGUAUUCGAUGACCAACUAAGUCCAAGUCAAGACUGUUUGCCACCAGAGAAAGAAGUCAAAUCUAUUACAUGUACAGUAGAUGUUCACUCUUUUGAACCGUCUGAGUCCCUUCAUGAAGUUGGCUCUAGUAUGAAAUCUGCUGAUUGCACCAGAUAUCUCUAUACAGACGACACUCCAGCUUUAGGCUCAUUCACAAAUCCAAACAUUCCAUGUGUUGCAAACACAGCCAAACAAGAUUCCGUGCUAGAUGCCAACUCUUGCCACAGAUAGGUUUGGCUGCAGAAUGACUUGCCUUUGGAACACUGGAUGCCUAUAUAAGAACCAACCUUGGAUUCAUUCCAUUCAUUUCAACUUUGAUGCAGGAAAAAAAAAAAUCAAAGGCCUUAUAUUAAUUUCCUUACCACUAUUUUUGGUCAAGAUUGAUUUAAACUUCUAGUACCUCAGUUUUCAAGACUUCACAAAAGUGUUUUUCAGACAGUUGUGCCAAAUAAUGUAGGAGGAGUAACUACCACCUUGGCCAAGAUUGCACAGAUUUUCUUCCACUGUUGGGUCCACUUGUUUGUACAGACUGCAAAAUAACUGCCAAGGAGUGAUUAGCAGGAAAAGCUCUGAUGGGGUUUAUCAUCUUUUUUGCUGAAUGGUUUUCACGGUUGCUACAAAAUAUCAGAAAGAAUUGUAAAGAUGUAAAAUGAUUCACAUUAAAACACCUAUUUAAGU